AUGUCGACUAAUUCGAUCAAGUUGUUGGCCAGCGACGUCCACCGCGGGCUUGCCGAGCUCGUCGCCCAGCGGCUCGGGAUGCCCCUCACGCCGUGCGAGUUCAAGCGCGACCUGACCGGCGAGAUCCAGUUCUCGAUCGACGAGCUGGUCCGCGACGAGGACUGCUUCAUCAUCUGCCAGAUCGGCCUGGGCGUCGUCAACGACCGCGUGUUGGAGUUGUUGAUCAUGAUCAACGCCUGCAAGACCGCCUCCGCCCGCCGCAUCACCGUGAUUUUGCCCAAUUUCCCUUACGCCCGCCAGGACAGAAAGGACAAGCUGCGGGCGCCGAUCACCGCCAAGUUGAUGGCCGACAUGUUGACCACCGCCGGGUGCAACCACGUGAUCACCAUGGACUUGCACGCGCUGCAGAUCCAAGGGUUCUUUGACGUCCCCGUCGACAACUUGUACGCCGAGCCCCUGGUGGUGCGCUACAUCAAGGAGAAGGUCAACUACAACGAGGCGAUCAUCAUCUCCCCCGACGCCGGUGGUGCCAAGCGCGCGGCGGGGCUUGCCGAUCGGUUAGACCUCAAUUUUGCUCUUAUCCACAAGGAAAGAGCCGUCGCCAACCAGGUGCUGAGAAUGGUGUUGGUCGGUGACGUCACCGACAAGAUCUGCAUCAUUGUCGACGACAUGGCCGACACCUGUGGCACUUUGGCCAAAGCGGCCCAGGUGCUUUUAGACAACGGCGCCAAGCUGGUGAUUGCCAUCGUCACCCACGGGAUCUUAUCGGGCAACGCCGUCGCCAACAUCAACAAUCUGAACUUGGACAAAGUGGUGUGCACCAACACCGUCCCGUUUGAGGACAAGUUGAAGCUCUGCCCCAAGUUGGACACCAUCGACGUAUCGGCGGUGUUGGCCGAAGCGGUGAGACGGUUGCACAACGGGGAAUCGAUCCUGUACUUGUUCAAGAACGCUCCUUUGUAG